UUGGGUUGUGGGAGGUGGCAGUUUUGCGUUCAUCCAAAUAUGGCCUCCCAAGAAACCACUGCGAAACUCUAAAAAGCAACAAAAGAACUCUGAACUCAAGCGGUGGCCAUGGCUUCUGUGGCAAAUUCUCCCUUCUACAUUCUCAAACCUCCAAAUCACACUCACUACAAACUCAGCAGUGGAAUCAGAACCACCCUCUGGUCAUUCUCUUGUAGCAAUGCACAAUUUCUCACUCUGCAGACCUCAAAGCACAAGUCUUCAACCAUCACAUGCUUUGCAACUGAUAAGCAAACUUCUUCUACUGAAAUCAGUUCCACAGCCAGGAUUAGGAGUGAAGUUCUCACUCCCUUUCGCUCCGUUCGAAUGUUUUUCUAUCUUGCUUUCAUUGCAAGUGGUGGUUUAGGAGGAUUAAUAGCAACCACACAGUUAAUUGCAGCACUAACAAAUCCAUCAAGAGCACUCGACGCCCCCGAAAUUGCAAAGGGUCUUGGCAUAGACCUUGGAGCAGUGUCUCUCUUUGCAUUCUUGUAUUUGAGGGAGAACAAGGCCAAGAAUGCACAGAUUGCCAGGCUCUCUCGAGAGGAAAAUCUUUCAAAUCUCAAGCUUCGUGUUUCUGAAAAGACGGUCAUUCCUGUUAGCUCUUUGAGAGGGAUUGCUCGGCUUGUAAUAUGCGCUGGCCCUGCAUCGUUCAUCACAGAAUCGUUCAACCGAAGUGAGCCUUUCACCGAAGGGCUUGUGGAAAGAGGAGUGCUUGUUGUGCCCUUGGCUACGGAUGGAAACAUGCCUAGUUUUGAGUUUGAAGAAAGUGAAGAGGCUAAGGAUAUUACUACAAAGAGGAAAAGACUCUGGCAGCUAACUCCAAUUUAUGUUACUGAAUGGACCAACUGGUUGGACGAACAAAAGAAGCUGGCCGGUGUCACCUCUGACUCUCCCGUAUAUAUAUCUCUUCGCCUGGAUGGUCGUGUUCGUGGCAGUGGCGUUGGUUACCCACCUUGGAAUGCUUUCGUUGCACAGUUACCACCUGUCAAGGGAAUGUGGUCUGGUCUUCUCGACGGGUUUGAUGGAAGAGUUUAAGAAAAUAUUUUUUUGUUUGUAUAGGUUAAAUUCUAGUUGGAUUACUUGUCAUGACUCUGCAAUUUGUUGAGAAUACUGUGAUUUUAUGUGCAUUUAAAGGCAUGCAUAUCAACAUUUGGGGUAUCUGCUAACUCUCUUGUAUUA